AUGAGCGGCCAGCCACACGUCGAAUGGAUCAGCGAAGAGGAGCGUCAAAGGCUUGCCCUGUUGUCUGCGACAGCCGAGGGUAAUUUGCAUAAGGUGCGCAGCCUGAUCAAGUCUGGGGUUCCGGUCGAUGCAUUCGACGACGACUACCUAACCCCGCUGCAAAUUGCCGCCGCCCUUGGCGACUCGUAUAUGGUGGCCUUUCUGAUCGAAUCGCGAGCCGAGGUGGACGCCUGCAACCAACUGGGGAUGACGGCGUUCCACCAUGCAUGCCGUGAGGGACGCCUUCAAGUCAUCGAAGCACUUUUGCAAAGCGGAGCCGAUAUUGGGCGUCCCACAUAUCUAGGAGCGACAGGGCUAACGCUAGCUGCCGCUGGAGGCCAUCUCGACGUAGUGAAGAAGUUGGUUGGCCUCCAUCUGGAGGUGUCCCCAAAGAUCUUACCCUCGCUGUGCCCGUCGCCCCUCGUCGUCGCCGCCGUAAACGGGAUGCCGCAAAUUUGCGGAUAUUUAAUUUCCAGAACCGCCGCCGUCGACGAGACAAUCCCGACCCUGGGCAACCUGACGGCUUUGACGGCCGUGAUCCUUUGUUCUCGACCCGAGAACUCGUACAACACUAUCAUUUCGGCGCUCUUGGAUUUAGGUGCCAGCCCGACCCGUCGCACCUACCGUAACUCAAAGUCGGCAAUCGAAUUAGCCCAAGAGCUUCAGCGAGAAGAGAUCUCCUUGACGCUCAACGACAACAAUCGCAUCAGACAUGUUGACCUCGUGCAGCCAACCGACUUUCGACAGCUCUUAAGGGAGAAUAAGCUCGACAAGUUGCAGGAAGCAUUGCUGGCAAAGACGACAUUCAUGCCCGACGCCGUCACGCCGCUGAUGUGGGCGGUAGCGGUCGGCAGUGUACAGGGGGUCUACAAAUUGCUCGAGCUCCGCUACAAUGUAGACGCCCAAGAGACAAAGCACGGCUACUCGGCGCUGAUGCUUGCCGCCUUCCUGAGGGAGAACGAGAUGGUCGACGCGCUGCUGGAGUGCGGUGCUGGGGUGGAGAAGACGGAGCCGAACACUCUCCAUCAAACGUCGUACGAUCUUUAUCUUUGUGCAUCAGACGAGCUUGACCCAGACAUCCGCGCCCGCCUUCACCGGUACAAGCCGAAAACCAAGAAGCCUAGUCGCAACGACAACAAGAAGUUCUCCGGCUCGGGAUCGAAGAGUCUGGCAAAGCGCUUCGGCCAGUUCAGCCACAUGGUGAGCCGCACGAAGACGCAGCUCGGGCUUGCGGCCGACCCACAGGACGGCGGAGGUCAAUUGACGAUGCGGGAUUGGAUGGAAAACCGAAUACAAGCGUCGCUGGUCGAUGGGCGGAACCAUCGGAAACUGGUUCGUGUCGAGCAAAUCCUCCACCGCCUGCGCCACAUCUCGCCCCCAUUGAUGCGAAGUUUGGACAGCGACUUCGAGGCGGUGCGCAGUCUGGCUGCGGAAUUCUCGUCGUUCGCCCUGGUCACCUUCUACGAUCGAUACAGCGAGACGCACAUCGAAAGGAGGGUCGAAUCCGAGCCGACCAGCCAGGAAUACGAUUUGGCCAUGAAAUAUGCAAAGGAAUAUAGCUAUGGCGGUGGCAAAGAGAAGAAGCCGAUACGUCCUGUCGUCAAGCCAAGAACGCAGCCAGCCCCGCUCUAUUUGCGGAAGGAGGGCAGCGAGUUCGCCCGCCCCCGCGUGCGCUCGAUGAUCGCGAUUCAGGAUGGGCCGCCGUCUGUGUCGCUGCGCACCACCCCGAGGAUGCUGAAGGGGUUCCAGAAGUCGCGCGACUCGUUGAUUCUGGAGGGCGGCGAGAUGUCGCCGGGCAGAGCCCCGGGACCCAGCUUCCAGUUCCCACCCACGUUCGAGAUGAGGAAAACUGUAUCCACCCCAUCGCUCCCCGGCCAAUCGACCCUCUCCCUCCUUGCACCGAGAAUUACGGAACCACACGGAUAUAGCCUGAGGAGUACACUACCUGCUCAGAUUUGUGACGAAGAAAAAAUCUGGGGUGAGAUGCGACGCCGGGGACUUGCCGAUAAGGUGGAGGUGAUGAUCAGCGAGGAGAUCGACUUUGAGACCUUCUUCGCCCUAACGCGCGAAGAUCUGCAAAAGAUGCAAAUCCGCGACUCGGAGACGAUCGCUUCAAUCCUGGACAUACAGAAUAGUCUCGGUGAAAUGUGGGGACAUUCCUACAUG